AUGGAUGACGACGAAGAGGAGGUCGAGGAAGUCCCUGUCAAGAAGAACGGCAAGGCCGACAAGGGCAAGGGCAAGGAUCUGAGCAAGAAGAAGACUGUCGUCUUGGGAGAGGUGGACAAGGUGGAAAAGGCUCAGCAGAGGCGAAAGGACAAGGUGUUGAUGCUCAGUUCGAGAGGAAUCACCGGAAGAAUGAGGCAUUUGAUGUUGGAUUUGGAGGCUAUCCUUCCGCAUCUGAAGAAAGAUGCCAAGCUCGACUCGAAAUCAUCCCUUCAUCUCGUCAACGAGCUCGCCGACCUUCACUCUUGCAACAACACCCUCUACUUCGAAGCUCGUCGGCACGAAGAUCUUUACCUCUGGCUUACCCGAUCACCUAACGGUCCUUCGGUCAAGUGUCACGUGCAGAACAUUCACACGAUGGACGAGCUGAAGAUGACGGGGAACUGUCUGAAGGGGAGCCGAGGCCUGGUUUGCUUCGACGGAGGUUGGGAUGGUGAUGAGCAGUGGAAGUUGCUGAGGGAGAUGUUGACGCACACCUUCAGCGUGCCCAAGAGUUCUCGAAAGCUCAAACCAUUCAUCGACCACAUCCUCUCCUUCUCCCUGCUCGAUAACAAGAUUUGGUUCCGUAACUUUCAGAUCGUCGAAAAGGACCCUCUUCAGCCUUCGGGACCGCCCGUGACCAGCUUGGUUGAGAUCGGACCUCGAUUCGUCUUGACGCCGAUCAGGAUUUUUGAAGGAUCUUUCGGCGGACCUACCAUCUUUGCUAACCCAGAGUUCAUCUCUCCCGCCUCCGCACGAGCUUCGUUCAAGCGUAUCCAGGGGCAAAAGUACAAGCAGAGGAAGAAUGUCCAGUCCGAACGGGACGACAGGCGGACGAGGCAGAGGGACGAGUUGGAGGAGGACGAGCUGGCCGUCGGACGGGUCUUUGCCUAA